GGGCAGGGCAGCGCCUGUAACUGGAGAGCAGCGCCGGCACCGCGCGGCCGCUCCAUUCACUCCUCGGUGCGUGGUUGCGCGCAGGGGAGAAGCGCUCGCUGAGCCUCGGGAGUCUGCUGCCAGGAUUAUUGUACAGAGGAGCCGGGAGUAUCUGUGCAGCCACCACGAGGAGAGACUUUUCUCUUUUUUUCCCUUUUUUAAAAUUUUUUUUUAAACAUUUAUUUUUCCCUCUGCCGUGAGCCAGGCUUGGAAUUAAAAUGUUGUGGUAGCAGGAGUGGAGUCUUUAAACUGAUAGAAACCAGAUAGAAAUCAGUAUUACUGCUGCUUCCAAUAGCUGGGUUUCGUUUCUUGGAUAUUAAGUUGCAAAUCUGAAGAGAUGGCAUUUCUUGCAGUGAAUGUGUUGAUUGGGAUAUUUAUUUACUUUAGCAGUGUAAAAGGAUCUUCCCAGCCUCAAGCAAGGGUGUUCCUAACAUUCAAUGAGCUGCAAGAAACUAAGACCUCUGAGUAUCACAGGAUAUCCCACAGCCCCCUGGAUUACAGGAUAUUAUUGAUGGAUGAAGAUCAGGAUCGGAUCUAUGUGGGGAGUAAAGAUCAUAUUCUGUCUCUGAAUAUUAACAAUAUAAGCCAAGAUCCCCUCAGUAUUUUCUGGCCAGCAUCAGCAAACAAGGUUGAAGAGUGCAAAAUGGCUGGCAAGGAUCCUACACACGGCUGUGGGAAUUUCGUGCGCGUGGUGCAGUCGUACAACCGCACCCACCUGUACGUCUGCGGCAGCGGCGCCUUCAGCCCCGUCUGCGUCUACGUCAACAGGGGACGCAGGUCUGAGGAACAAAUCUUCAAGAUCGACUCCAAGUGUGAAUCAGGAAAGGGACGCUGUUCUUUCAACCCCAACGUGAAUACGGUGUCUGUAAUGAUCAAUGAAGAACUUUUUUCAGGAAUGUAUAUUGAUUUCAUGGGGACAGAUGCAGCCAUUUUUCGCAGUCUGACCAAGAGGAAUGCAGUGAGGACUGACCAGCACAACUCCAAGUGGCUGAGUGAGCCUAUUUUUGUGGAUGCUCAUGUUAUCCCAGAUGGCACUGACCCAAAUGAUGCCAAAAUCUACUUCUUCUUCAAAGAAAGACUCACAGACAACAGCGGCAGCACAAAGCAAAUUCAUUCAAUGAUUGCAAGAGUAUGCCCAAAUGACACAGGUGGUCAGCGCAGUCUCGUGAACAAGUGGACAACAUUCUUGAAAGCAAGACUUGUGUGCUCAGUGAUGGAUGAAGAUGGAACAGAAACAUACUUUGAUGAAUUAGAGGAUGUAUUUCUCCUAGAGACAGACAACCCCAGAACAACACUCGUGUAUGGAAUUUUUACAACAUCGAGCUCCAUAUUUAAAGGCUCAGCCGUGUGUGUGUAUCAUCUGUCUGACAUUCAGACUGUGUUCAAUGGACCAUUUGCACACAAGGAGGGCCCAAACCACCAGCUGAUUCCAUAUCAGGGCAGAAUUCCAUACCCACGACCUGGCACUUGCCCAGGAGGAGCCUUCACACCCAACGUGAGGACAACCAAGGAGUUUCCAGACGAUGUUGUGACCUUCAUUAGGAAUCACCCUUUGAUGUUUAAUCCCAUCUACCCAAUACACAAGAGGCCUUUAAUCAUCCGGAUCGGGGCUGACUACAAGUAUACAAAGAUUGCUGUGGAUCGAGUGAAUGCUGCUGAUGGAAGAUACCAUGUCUUGUUUCUUGGAACAGAUCAAGGAACCGUACAAAAAGUUGUUGUCCUACCCACCAACUUCUCUGCAAGUGGAGAACUCAUUUUAGAAGAGAUGGAGGUUUUUCAGAGUAAUUCUCCUAUAACAUCAAUGAAGAUUUCAUCUAAAAAGCAACAGCUGUACGUGAGCUCAGACGAAGGGGUCACCCAGGUUUCCCUGCACCGCUGCCACAUCUACGGGAGCGCCUGUGCUGACUGCUGCCUGGCCCGAGACCCGUACUGCGCCUGGGACGGCAGCUCCUGCUCCCGCUUCUAUCCCACAGGAAAAAGGUCAGCAGGCUGGGGCAGCCCGCUGAUGUUUGCAAGGAGGAGCCGUAGACAAGACGUGAGACAUGGAAACCCUCUGACUCAGUGCCGAGGUUUCAACCUGAAAGCAUACAGAAACGCUGCAGAAAUAGUUCAGUAUGGAGUAAAAAACAACACCACCUUUCUGGAAUGCACACCUAAAUCUCCUCAGGCUUCUAUUAAAUGGCUGCUACAGAAAGACAAUGACAGGAGGAAAGAGGUGAAGCUGAACGAGAGGAUCAUAGCUACUGAGCACGGGCUCCUGAUCCGCUCUGUGCAGGACAGCGACCGCGGGCUUUACCACUGCAUCGCCACGGAGAACAGCUUCAAGCAGACCCUGGCAAAGAUCAACUUCAAGGUGUUGGAUUCGGAGGUGGUGGCUGCCAUGACCGACAAGUGGUCCCCUUGGACCUGGGCCAGCUCGGUGCGAGCGCUGCAGUUCCACCCCAAGGACUUUGUGGGCGCUUUCAGCCACUCGGAGAUGCAGAUGAUUAACCAGUACUGCAAAGACAGCAGGCAGGCAGGUCAGAGGGACGAGUCCCACAAGAUGAGAGGGGACUACAGCAAACUAAAGGCCCUUAUCAGUAGCAGAAAAAGUAGAAAUAGAAGAAAUCAAUUACCUGGAUCUUAAUUUUAUUGUGUAGUAAUAGAUAUUUUUGUCCUCAGUGUAGGGGGCUUAUAUUUGUCUAUUGAGAACAAAUUUGUGCAAAUCUGAUAAAAAAUUAAAUGAAAAUCCAGCAAGCCUCAUAAAAGAUCUGUAUCCCAAUUAAAUGCAGUGUAACCUAACUAAAGAAAAUAACUCAGAGCAUUUUCUUUCCUAGAUGCUUAGUGACUUUAGGCUGGGCUCUGUCCUACAAGCAGCACUGGGUAUUCAUCUUAAACCAGAUUCACCUUUAACAUCUCAGUAUUUAAUUACAGCUGAAUAGAAAUUUUUACAAAAUCAGUGCAUUAUCUUGCAACUCUGGAACUGUACCAACUGGUCUGUUGGUAAAGAAUCUGGGUUAAGAUGCAUACUCGAAUAGGAUGGUACUAAGACUUCCUUGCACUGCAUUUAAGAACAUGAGUUUCUUCUUGUUUACUGCUCAUAAUUGGGUUUACAGCUUUCACUCAUCAAACAAAUCAUGUGAAUGCAUGUGGAUAGGAAGCAAGAAAUGUUUCAUUUGCUCAGAGGUCAAAUGAAGGAACAAACAGAAGAAAAGCAAAGAAUUUAUACUUUAUCAGAGUAAGCACUGAUUAUUGUGCAUAGUAUGAGUUGUAAUAAAUUAAUGAGUUCUGGAAUGUAACUUAAAAUAUCUCUGCUCAUAUUGAUUUUUAUUAAAAUAGGAUGUCCUAUAACACUACAUAGCUUUAUAAGUGGCACAAGGUAACAUGAGAAUGUUCAUUAUACAUACAAUUUUGAAAAACACCUAAGUGACUUAGGUAUUUUAACUACUUUUCAAAGGAUGACACUCCAAUUUCUUUUCAAAGGACAGAAUGUAGAUAUACUGUAUAGUGCAAGUUCAGAAAUGAAAAAUAUAGAUUAUCUUCAUUCUGUUCUGUGAUUAAAUUGGAGCUGGUCUGCAAUGUGGAAGCAAGUCAUAAGUGUCUUUGAAAAUUUUAAGACAUUAUUUUUUCAACUGUUUUCUCAAAGUUGCAAAUAUUUUAACUAGAAUUUUCUAAUUAAACCAUUCCCAUUUUCCAGUCUUUGUACCCUUAUUCUUUUCCAUGUUAUUUUCCCAAUUUGCUCUGAUUUUCACUUCUCUGCUGAAAAGCAGAUCAGGAAAAGAAAAGAAGGAAAAAAAAGGAAUGAGGGAAAAAUAAAACUGAAAAAUAGGUUUGGGUCAAAAACCAAAAACUAUAACUUGAGAGGCAUGUUCAAACAGAAAUCUUUUGUUUAAGAAGCAGCUGUCAGGUCUAUUGAAGCAAGUUUUGUAGAAAACUGGGUGAGUGUGCACCAAGCCAUCCUAGGAAAAGCAAUCACUUUUUUUUUUUGAGCAACACAAAUGCCAAAAAGAGGGACAGAUCAUCAAUCCUUUUACUAUGUAAGAGUGUUCUGGAAGCCACUGAGUCUGUUUGAAACAGUAACAGGGAUUUAAAAUGUACAAGUACCUUAGAAAAAUCACAAUUAUUUAUGACAUUAUACUAAAAUAUAAACUGAUGUUCAGCUCAAAACUAAGCUAUGUUAAGUUAAAAUUCUGCUUCUGUUGGAACACUGUGGGAGUAACUCUACAGGGCAUGGGAAAAAGCUUCUGUGUUUGUGCCUAUGUGAAUUCAGUUUAGUGCAAUGGAGGUAACACUGGUAUCUAUCUGCCAUUAGCUGGAUUGUCACUUUAUCACCACCUCAUGAAGGACAGCUGGGAAGUGAGCCCUGGUCACACCAUUUAAACAGUCUCUAAAUCCCUUUGAUGCUUGGAGCACUUUGAAUUUAAUUUGUGUGCUUAUUGCUUGCAUGGCAGGGCCAGCCUGUUCAUAUAUUGCCAUCUAGUUAGGUGCUCUCCUUAAUCAAGGCCUAAAUGUGCAUUUCUGCAAUAUUUAGCCAUUGAUAACUAAGGUCCUUCUUAUGGAAAACAUCAGGAAACUUCCUCUGACCUCCAUGAGAUUGAAUUUGGCCCCAAGAGAGGGCAAAGUAGAUUCUGGAGGAAUCUGGCUUUUUUUUUUUUUU